AUGGACUGCCCAUCCGCACUCCAACCCAUUGAAGAACCCUGUCUAGUCUGUUUUGAAGAUAUCAGCAGCUCAAAUUUUGUGGCCUAUCAAUUAAUUCAAAAUGGACCCUGGUACCCAGCUAAAUUCUGUAUAUAUUGCAUUAAACAACUCUUAGACACAAUGUUCGACCGUUACGUAUAUUCGCUAGAAAACUCAAACUGUGCUAAAGAGCAACGGGCGCUGCUAGAUGCAGGACCUCCAAUCAACAUCAUAGAGAAACAUGCGUUUCCAGAGGCAUGUUCUCAAGAAGUUUACCUUCUUUGGGAUUAUAGUACCAACACUGCUAUGUCGGCCAAACUUAAAAAUAGUUUGACUGGACAAAAGAGACUGGAUUUUUGGUCGGAAAAACGGUCGAUCUUCCUAGCAUCAUUGCAAUCUGAUGAUGAAGCCGAAGAUGAUUAG